AUGCCCUGGUGCUGUCUGAGUCUCCCCAGGGCCAGAGAAUCCUGGGGACACCAGGGUGUGGAGGGUGCUGGGAAGCAGGCCCAGGGAUCCAGGACCACGUGGAGACAAGAGCUGGAACCUCCCCAGCUCACGUCUGGCCAAGAGAACUGCAAGGGGCGGAGAACAGAGGCGGGCUCAGAGUCAGGUCCCUGCCCUGGAGCUAGUGUGGGUGAUCAAAACCAGAGCCGCCUCCUAGAUGAGCAGGACUCUUGGAGUCCUGGGUCUGUGACCUUGGGUAAGUCACACUUGACCCAGGCUGCUAAGAGGGCAAGGAGCAGAGAGGGAUGGCAGGGCUAG